AACACGUGUGCGUCACUAAAAUGUUACUUUCCUGAUUUGCGCUGCUUUAUUUUUUUACGGUUAUACGUUAGAUUUGACGAGGAUACCGAUGGAGAUGCGAGGAGACAGUGUCGAACCUGAAAAAAGUGAUUUUCUGCAGCCGGUAGAUAGUGAGAUACAAACAUGGAUGUCAAAGGCCUUUGGCAUGGCACUUGAUGCCCUUGAGAAUGGAGAGGUUCCAGUUGGCUGUCUGAUGGUUUUUAACAACGAGAUCAUUGGAAAGGGAAGGAAUGAGGUGAAUGAAACAAAAAAUGCUACUCGGCAUGCAGAAAUGGUGGCACUGGAUCAAGUGCUUGAUUGGUGCCAUUUCAGAGAGAAGGACCCAAAGGAGGUGUGUGAACAGACUGUACUUUAUGUGACAGUGGAGCCAUGUAUCAUGUGUGCUGCUGCUCUGCGACUGCUUCACAUACCUCUUGUUGUAUAUGGGUGCAAAAAUGAGCGGUUUGGAGGCUGUGGAUCUGUCCUGGACGUCUCAUCAGAUCAUUUGCCACACACUGGAACUUCAUUUAAGUGCAUCGCUGGCUAUAGAGCAGAAGAGGCCGUCGACAUGCUCAAGACAUUUUAUAAACAGGAAAACCCAAAUGCUCCCAAACCUAAAGUGAGGAAAGAUUUGAUCAGUCCACCAGAUGUCGCUGUAGUCAUUCAGGCUGAGAAGCUCUCGGAGUCUUGUGGUUUUGGCCAGCGUGCCUGGACUGUCUGCGGAAAAUCCCCUCCAACAAAACAGCACAACUCACUCAGAGGACCCUGAACUAUAAACAGGACAGGCCUUGUCAAACACUCGCGGGAUCGACUCCGUAUCAUCCCGUUUCAGCGUGCACUUCGAGUGUCAAACACUCACUCUGUGAGAGCGAGAAUUAUUCAGGUACAGAUCGACAGAUGUAGCCUUUUUAUGACCGAUGCGCAGUCGUUUUUUUAAGUAGAUGACCGUUAAAUAACAAAAAUAUGCAUUAAGAAUGUAUAAUAAUAAUCUUAGGAAAAAACUAAGAUGAGUGUUUUAAAAAUAAAAUGAACAAACAUUAUAAUUUCGACUGAGAUGUAGUUUAUGUUAUAUGAUUAUUAAUAGAAUGCAAAAAAUAUGAGGUUAUUAUUAUCAGUGUUUUGUUAUUUAUUCUGUCAUGAUAAAAUGACUAAUAAUCAUCACUGAUAUUGAUAUGCAAAAAAAUAUUUGUAUAUGUAUAAAUUGUAGAAUUGUAAAUUAUUAUUAUAAUGCUAUUUUUUCCAUGAUAAAAAUGACCAUCAUCAUCAUAAU